UACCCCGGCUCAUUUCUGCGGAUACACGACCGAGAACCAUAUAAUGGGUUUUUCCACUAAUCUUUCUCGUUUGAUUGGUCAAACUCCGUGAAUAAUGUCCAAGAUGGCGGUUUGUGUAGCUGUCAUUGCUAAAGAGAAUUACCCAUUAUAUAUCAAAGCAUCAUCUGCAGACAGUGAGCUGAAGUUUUACUAUACUGUUCACACUUCUCUUGAUGUUAUUGAAGAGAAAGUAUCAUCAUCAGGGAAAAAUGCCAAUGAGCUCAGAGAGUUGUAUUUAGGUUUACUUUAUCCAACAGAAGACUACAAAGUAUAUGGAUAUGUUACAAAUACAAAAAUUAAAUUUGUUAUUGUUGUAGAAUCAUCCAACACAACUUUGCGGGACAAUGAAAUUAGAAGUAUGUUCAGAAAGUUACACAAUGCCUAUGUUGACAUGUUGUGUAAUCCAUUUUACAUUCCUGGAGAGAAUAUCACUUCAAAGUCAUUUAAUAAUACUGUGAUAUCCAUGAUGCAAGAAUGAUGAAAUUGUGGAGAUUAUAGUUUGCCACCUCAGAAUUUUUGCCACAACAGAAUUGUUGAUUGGAAACAAAUAAUAUUAAACAACAUUGUGUUGAAUUUAGGAAAGCUUGAAACAGUCAGCUUAGUCAAAUAUAAACAUUUUACCAUCAAUUGUUCUAUAAGCAUUAUAUUAAUAUGGAAUUGUUACAUUCUAUUUGAAGGACCCUGCUUACAGUAAACCCUAUUAUUUUGUCUUUUACAUAAAUUUGCUGUAUGGAGGAUCCAUGAUAUGUUGUUGCUGUUAACAUUUUUGUGUCGCCUCUACGGAGUGCAAUUUCAUCCAAACUUUACAGGAAUGAUCAGUACCAAGUCUAGUUGUGCAUAUUGUCAGCAUUUUCCGGUUCAAUGAUUUUUGUCAGAGUUAUUAAUGGCCCUUUAAUAAUUUUUAUUUUUAAAGUUUGUCCGGACUACUUCUCUUAUACCACUAAUGCAAUUUCAAUGAAACUUUACAGGAUUGAUCUGCAGCUCAAGUCCUAAUGCGCAUAUUGCACGGGUUUUCCGGUUGAAUGAUUUUUUGCAGAGAUAUGGCCCUUUAAUAAUUUUUAUUUUUAAAGUUUGUCCGGACUACUUCUCUAAUACCACUAAUGCAAUUUAACCAAUUUUUGUGUCGCCUCUACGGAGUAGUGGCGACAUAAUUAUAGGGAUCAAUUCUCAGUCGUCUGUCUGUCCGUCUGUCCGUCCGGCACAAAACUUGUCCAGACGACUCAUAAACUACUGGUGCAAUUUCAUCCAAACUUUACAGGAAUGAUCAGUACCAAGUCUAGUUGUGCAUAUUAUCAGCAUUUUCCGGUUCAAUGAUUUUUGUCAGAGUUAUGGCCCUUUAAUAAUUUUUAUUUUUAAAGUUUGUCCGGACUACUUCUCUUAUACCACUAAUCCAAUUUCAAUGAAACUUUACAGAAUUGAUCUGUAGCUCAAGUCCUUGUGCAUAUUGCACGGGUUUUCCGGUUGAAUGAUUUUUGACCGAGUUUUGGCCCUUUGAUAAAAGGUGUUUUUUUCCUGUGUGUUGCCAGAUACACAAAAGCUUGUCCAGACUACUCCUCAUAAACUACUGGUGCAAUUUCAUCCAAACUUUACAGGAAUGAUGAGUACCAAGUCUAGUUGUGCAUAUUGUCAGCAUUUUCCGGUUCAAUGAUUUUUGUCAGAGUCAUGGCCCUUUAAUAAUUUUUAUUUUUAAAGUUUGUCCGGACUACUUUUCUUAUACCACUUAUCCAAUUUCAAUGAAACUUUACAGGAUUGAUCUGUAGCUCAAGUCCUUGCGCAUAUUGUACGGGUUUUCCGGUUGGAUGAUUUUUGGCCGAGUUAUGGUCCUUUGAUAAAAUGGUGUUUUUUUCUGUGUGUUGCCAUAUACACAAAAGCUUGUCCGGACUACUCCUCAUAAACUACUGGUUCAAUUUCAUCAAAACUUUACAGGAAUGAUCAGUACCAAGUCUAGUUGUGCAUAUUGUCAGUAUUUUCCGGUUCAAUGAUUUUUGUCAGAGUCAUGGCCCUUUAAUAAUUCUUAUUUUUAAAGUUUGUCCGGACUACUUCUCUUAUACCACUAAUGCAAUUUCAAUGAAACUUUACAGGAUUGAUCUGUAGCUCAAGUCCUUGCGCCUAUAGCACCAAUUUUAAUUAUUUUUGGCCAAGUUAUGGCCCUUUAAUAAAAAGGUGUUUUUUCUGUGUGUUGCCAGAUACACAAAAGCUUGUCCGGACUACUCAUCAUAAACUACUGGUGCAAUUUUAUCAAACUUUACAGGAAUGAUCAGUACCAAGUCUAGUUGUGCACUGUAUGUCUGUCUGUCUGUCACAAAACUUGUCCUUACAUGAAAUUGGCCAUCAUGAGGCGACACAUGUGAUCACUGAUCGCUCUUGUGUAAUUAUGUAAACUUAAAGUUUGGAGCAAUAUGAUGGUAUCUCCUUACUUAUAUAAUAGGAGUUAUAACAUAUCACACCUUAGUGCAGAAACAAGUUAAAUCCUAUUGGAAUUUAAUAGGAGAUAACUAUUUACUGCACUAAAAGGAUGAUGAAUUAUGAUUAUUUUGCACCAAGCUUGUAAAUUAUGCUGGUUAAUAAACAUAUUAAUAGAAUGAUUGGUGGUGAGAGUUCACCUAGUAUGAAGAAAAUUGUUUUGGAAACUUUAGUUUUAGCCAAGUGUCAUCUUAAUCCUGUUUAUGCUAAAUUUGUAACUCUCCUUUUGACCGAUGCCAAUAGCAUUAGAAAUGUUGAUAUGAAUUUACAAUAUGUUGGCAUACUGGUGUGUGUUUACACAACAUUAUGUGUAGACCAACUCCUAGAAGUGAAUG